AUGUUGUCCAGAGUGAGAGCCAGAAGCUUCGGCACCUCGUCGAGAGCGCUUCUCAACCACGGAAAGCCCCAAAAUCCUCCUAUCGACAACACUGUCAAGAUGAGAAUCAUGCCCAUCAAGCGAGAGGGCGAGACCUUGGAGGUCAAGAGAGCCAGAUUGCUCUACCAGUCCAGAAAGAGAGGUAUCUUGGAGAGCGACUUGUUGUUGUCGAGGUUUGCCAAGAAGUACUUGGGAGUGUUGAGUGAAGAGGACUUGGACGAGUUCGACACCUUGUUGGACGAGGCAGACUGGGACAUCUACUACUGGGCCACCAAGAACUUCGACGUGACUCCUUUGCCUGACAAGUGGAAGGACAGCAAGAUCUUGAAGAUGUUGCAGGAGGAUGCGCAGAACAAGGACAGGGAAAUCAUGAGAAUGCCUGAGUUGCACGAGUAA